AUGGACGCGGCAGAAACCGGCAUGUCCGACACACUCCAGGAACUACCUUUGGGUGUUUUGAGCCCGCAAGUGACGCAAGGAUCUAUGCAAGAGCAAACAAGACGGCAGGACAACUCUGAAAGCCACGGGGACCAACAGCAUGAAGAAAGAACACAGGAACAACACGAUAAUUCGUUGAGCCGGGAAGCAGUAGAUUCACAGAAGCCGAGCUUCCAGCCGCGACAGACAUCGGGAAAAUACAAUUUGGACGACUUCCACAUUUUGCGUACCUUGGGCACUGGCUCGUUUGGUCGUGUGCAUCUGGUGCGGUCCAAUCACAACGGUCGUUUCUACGCAAUGAAAGUGCUGAAAAAGAAAACGAUUGUCAAGUUGAAGCAGGUGGAACACACCAACGACGAGCGCCGUAUGCUUUCGGUAGUGGCUCACCCUUUUAUCAUUCGCAUGUGGGGCACGUUCCAGGACACGCAACAGGUAUUUAUGAUCAUGGACUACAUCGAGGGAGGCGAGCUGUUCUCGCUGUUGCGCAAAUCGCAGCGGUUUCCAAACCCAGUGGCCAAAUUUUACGCUGCAGAAGUGUGUUUGGCGCUGGAGUAUCUGCAUUCAUUGGACAUCAUUUACCGAGAUUUGAAGCCGGAAAAUGUACUGCUCGACAAGAACGGGCAUGUCAAAAUCACGGAUUUCGGGUUUGCCAAGUUUGUGCCAGACGUAACGUUCACGCUAUGCGGCACGCCAGAUUAUAUCGCUCCUGAAGUGGUGAGCACCAAGCCUUACAACAAGUCUGUUGAUUGGUGGAGUUUUGGCAUCUUAAUAUUCGAAAUGCUGGCUGGUUACACGCCUUUCUACGAUUCCAACACGAUGAAAACUUACGAAAAUAUUUUAAAUGCAGAAUUGCAAUUCCCGCCCUUUUUCCAGGCCGAUGUACAAGAUCUGCUGAGCAAACUGAUCACCCGCGAUUUGAGUAAACGGUUGGGGAACCUGCAAAAUGGUAGUGAAGACGUCAAAAACCAUCCGUGGUUUAGCGAAGUGGUAUGGGAAAAACUGCUGUGCAGAAAUAUUGAAACCCCAUACGAGCCUCCUGUUCAAGCGGGACAAGGUGAUACUUCUCAAUAUGAUAGAUACCCAGAAGAGGAGAUUACUUACGGGCGUGACGGGGACGAUGCCCACAGAGACUUGUUUUCUGAGUUUUGA